AAUCAAUGGGCUUAGGACAAUGGACUUGGCCCAAACACAUAACAAUAAGGUUUUGCUAUUCAAAAGUUUAAGGUUAAUUCCCUUCAAAAAAGAAAGUAAAAAUAAAAACUAAUUCACUCCAUAUGUCUUAAAUCGAUUUGUCGCUUAAAACGACCCACCUUAUCGAACAAAAUUAAUACUCCGUACUUCAUACUUUGUAUAAUUGAUAUGUGAAAAUUAGUCAUUGACUAUCAAAUACUAAAAAAAAAAACCAUCCAGGGUGUUAACCACGUUCCAUAACAAAUAAACUACAAAUUACCAAUUUCACAUACUAUUAUUAUUUAUAUAAAUCAAAGUAUAUUGUAUAUUCCUUUUUCUAAAUAUUCCCCAAAAUCAACAAACACUCACUCCCAAAUUCUUCCCUCUUUCUUUCUGUAAAAAAGAGGAGAGAGAAAACAAUAAUGGAUGCUCAUCUUCCAAAAGAGACUAAGGAGUUGGCCAAGAAACACAGGUUCAAGUCCCUUAAACGGGUCGAUUUUGACCCGGAUCAACGACUUGAUACGACCCCUUUUGGAGCUGAAUAUGGGUCCUUGGAAAAUGGGUUGACUUACUAUGUUCGCUGCAAUCCCAAACCCCAAAUGAGAGCUGCUCUUGCUCUUGCUGUUAAAGUCGGCUCUAUUUUUGAAGAGGAGAAUGAACGAGGAAUUGCUCAUAUAGUUGAACAUCUUGCUUUCAGCGCUACUAAAAAAUACACAAAUCAUGAUAUUGUAAAAUUCUUGGAAAGUAUAGGGGCUGAGUUUGGUGCAUGUGGAAAUGCUUACACAAGUUUUGAUGAGACUGUUUAUGAGCUGUUUGUUCCUAUUGACAAGCCUGGGAUAUUGUCUGAGGCGAUUUCCAUUUUAUCAGAGUUUAGUUCUGAGAUUCGGAUUUCAGAAGAGGACUUGGACAAAGAAAGAGGAGCUGUCCUUGAAGAAUAUAGACAAGGCAGGGAUGCUAGUGGUCGCCUGUCAGAAGAAACCUUUGCUUCAAUAAUGAAGGGUUCCAAGUAUGCAGACCGUUUGCCAAUUGGGUUGGAAAGUGUGAUUCGGUCAGCUCCUGCAAAGAUUGCAAAGCAAUUUUAUAAGAAGUGGUACAAUUUACAGAGCAUGGCAGUAAUAGCAGUUGGCGACUUUCCUAAUACAGAGAGUGUUGUUGAGUUGAUAGCCCAGAAAUUCGGCCAUAUUAAUUCACCAAAGCCUCAAAUAAUUUCCCCACGGCCUAAGAUUCCAUUUCACGGUGAAACACGGUUUUCGUGCUUAGUUGAACCAGAAGCAUCAGGAACUACUGUGGAGAUAAAUUGGAAGAUGUUAAAUGAUGAGCCUAAGACCGUAAGAGACUAUAAAGACUGGCUCAUUGGAGUAGUGUUCCGUUCAGCUUUGAACCGUAGAUUCACUAAAAUAUCUCGGAGAAAGAAUCCACCCUUUUUUGUAUGCUCCGCUGCAGAAGUGGAGUUGGUUCGUCCAGUUAAAGCCGUCCAAAUAUCUUCAUCUUGCAAAGAAAAAAGUAUACUUGAAGCCUUGACAUCAGUGCUAACUGAGCUUGCAAGGGUUAGGUCACAUGAUUUCUCUGAGCGUGAGAUAUCAAUUGCCUGUGCCAAUAUCAUGGCAGAAAUGGAGUCUGCUUAUUUAGAGCGUGAGAAAAUGCAAUCAAGCACCUGGCGGUAUCAGUAUCUGCAGCAUUUUCUUCGAGCUGAAGCUGUUCUUGGGCUUGAGUUUGAGGCUCAGCUUUUUAAAAGUAUUCUACCUCAGUUAUCAGCAUCAGAGGUUUCCAGGUAUUCUGAGAAGUUACAAAUGUCAGAAAGUUCUGUUAUAAUUAUAACUGAACCUCGAGCCACAGUAACAGAGAAAGAUCUUAAGGAUCUUGUGUCAGAGACAAAUUCUCUUGAGGAGGAAGGAAAAAUUUCUCCUUGGGAGGAUGAUAUCAUUCCAGAAGAAGUUGUUCAGGUGAAGCCAAAUCCGGGGAAAGUUGAGAAAAAAUCUGAAUAUCAAGAUAUUGGAGUUACUGAAUUAGUUCUGUCAAAUGGAAUGAAGGUUUGCUACAAAUGUACAGAUUUCAAGAAUGACCAGGUUAUCUUUAAAGGAUAUUCUUAUGGAGGUUAUUCAGAACUUUCAGAAAGUGAUUUUCUUUCUUGCAUUUUAAGCUCAAGUAUUACUGGAGAGAUUGGCCAGUUUGGUUAUAAACCAACUGUUUUAGAGGAUAUGUUGGCUGGCAAGAGAGCUGGUGUCUACACAGAGCUUAGCGCAUAUACUAGAAGUUUCAUAGGUGAUUGUUCACCUUCAGAUCUAGAAACUGCAUUACAGCUUGUCUAUCAACUUUUUGUGACUUGUGUGGAGCCUGAUGAAGACGAUAUUAAAAGAGUGAUACAUAUAGUAGAAGAAAUGAUUCGAGCAGAUGAAAGGGAUCCUUACAGUGUCUUCACAAAUAGGGUGACAAGAAUUAAAUAUGGAAAUUCUUACUUUUAUAAGUCACCGCUUGUUAAUGAUCUUCCAAAAGUUGAUCCAAAGAAAGCUUGUGAAUAUUUUGACUGUAGCUUUAAAGACCCCUCGACAUUUACUGUUGUGAUUAUAGGCAAUCUUGAUCCAGCUAUGAUUCAUCCAUUGAUACUAGAGUAUCUGGGUGGAAUCCCAAAGCCUUCUGAACCUGUUUUUCAUUUCAAGUUGGAAGACCUUAAAGGCUUACCUAGUAGUCCUCCUGUAAACGUAGUAAGAGAAAUUGUUAGAAGUCCCAUGGUGGAAGCGCAGUGUUCAGUCCAUAUAUCUUUGAAUAUAAAGUUGUGCAGUGAGACCCUGCUGGAAGAGAUGUGGUUUGCUACAUUUUUGAGCCAGCUUCUUCAGACCAAAAUGACCCAGGCUCUCCGUUUCAAACAUGGAGAGAUAUAUUCUGUAAGUGUUGAUUCUAACUUUGGAUAUAGCAAGCCAUCAAAAACUGCUGAUUUGGAGGGUGAGAUAACCAUCGAAUUUUCAUGUGAUCCAAAUGUCUCCUCCGCACUGGUUGAUAUUGCUUUAGAUGAGACACUGCGUCUGCAAGAGCAUGGACCUUCAGAAGAAGAUGUUUCCACUGUGCUUGAAAUUGAACAGAGGGACCAUGAAAAUGAACUGCAGGAAAAUAUAUUUUGGCUUUUUCAAAUUUUGAAGAGCUACCGUUCGAGGUUGUAUACUGAUAAUAAUCUGGAAUCUACAUUUCAGUUACUAGACAAAGCGAGAAGCAGGGCUCGACAAACUCUCUCUCCAUUAACUGCAAAAUGGGCACUGCAGAAAAUCUUGCCAUACCCUUGUAAACAGCAUUAUGUCUCAUUGACCUUAAUACCAGAAACAAAUCGUUUUCGUUUACUGAAACACCAACUUAAAACCCAACUUAAGCAAAAAUAUUAUGGUAGAUAUAUGAAGACUGUGGACAAAGUGUGGAAAGUUUUUGCCAGGAAACACAUUUCUCACUAAAAGCAGGGCUAUGCAGCAGCCAACAUUACGUUAAUAUGCCAGUUACUUGAGUAUUAGUUCAUCCCAUUUGUACAGUGGAUUCGUCAGCUUUACCUAAGUAUAGUUAGAUCCUAGAUUCUUUUGGGUGCUAUGGCAUCCACUAUUUGACUGAACAUGAACUACCAUCUUCCUUGGGUUGUGACUAAGAUUCACAACGUAUAUUAUUUUCCUUUCGAUGAUUCUUUAACUGUAAUUCUUGGGCGAUUUCCGGUAUGAAUACACAACUGUUACAACAUAUAUGUAAUACAUUAUAUUAUGCAGCCUAUGUUAUGAAGACUCUUCAAUUCACCUGAUGUA